AUGUUUGAUGAAAUGUUGGCACCAGCCUCCAUUCACAGUGCUUCCAAGAGUGCGCUAGAAAACAGCAAUGGUGUCGACAGGCUCAGCAGCCUGCCUGAUGAGCUGCUGCACCAUGUGAUGUCCUUCUUACCAAUGCCAGAGGUCGUGCGCACGAGUCUUCUCUCAGUCAGGUGGCGCAGUCUCUGGGCCUCUACACCAUUCGUCCAUAUUGAUUACCAGGACUUCAAGGAUGAAAACAAGCCGAGGGGUGUGGAUGACGAAAAACUGAAGGAGUUUGGAGACCACUUGCUGCUCUUGCGUGAUGACGCUGUUUGCUUGGAUGAGGCACGAAUCUUUGUCACUCAUGGCAGUAGUUGGAAUAAUUUUGCAUGGGUUCGUCAUGCCAUCAAGCACAAAGUUCGUCUCCUCCAGGUUUCUGGAUCGGUCCACUCUCCCUAUUUGGAUAGCACAUCAAUGUUUCCUUCUCAGCACCUCAAAAUAAUCAGGCUCCAAUCUCUGUUUUUGUGUCACCGAUUCUUUGCGAUGCUGAACAAUGAAUGGUCUGUGGUUGAAUAUUUAGAGCUGGAGGAAUGCAGUUUGAUUCGCGUGAAAGAGAUCUCAUCGAGGUCACUCAAGGUUCUGCAUAUGAUUCGCUGCUUUAACGGCGAGGGUCUCCUGAUUUGUGCUAGAAGCCUUACCGAUCUCUCUAUCCUUGACCCCACCUGUCUUGGUGCUAUAGUAACUAGGGAUUUGUCUUCUCUAAGUUCCGAGAGUUUAAAUUUUCCUAUCGACACAAUGGUGUAUGGUCAUCGUCUACUUCAUGGUCUUUCACAUGCCACAACACUGGAGUUGCACGCACCAUUACACGAGCUCGCAUUUGAGAGAGGUAUGCAAACAUGCCCAAUGUUCAAUAACCUCACAAGCCUGCUGCUGGGGAAUUGGUGCAUGGUUGCCGACUUCUACCCACUUCUUCGCAUUCUCCAGGGCUCGAGCAAGCUGAAGGAACUAAAUGUGAAGCUCAAAAUGGAGGAAUGUAGUAUAUGCAAGAAAUCUGAAUCUGCCUUGUCUUCAUCAAGGGCCACAUUGUCAGGCAGAGGAAACUAUCCUUCCAUUGAGAGGAUCAAAAUAUGUUGUCUUGAAGAAGAUCCAAGGGUCUAUGCACUGGUUAAUGCGUUGCAACCUACCAUCAAUCCAGAUGGCAAGAUCAGUAUUGAGCGUUGCUAA